ACAGGCUCCAAGCAUCAGUGCAAAUGGUGCAAACGAUGAAGGUUAUGUUGCAUACAGCGGAUUUUGCUUAAAAUAAGGUAAAGAAGGUCCAGCGGCCACCAUGUAUGGCUUCGUGAAUCACGCCUUGGAACUCCUCGUUUUGAGGAAUUAUGGCCCGGAAGUUUGGGAAGACAUCAAACGUGAGGCCCAGCUCGAUAUUGAGGGACAGUUCCUCGUUAGAAUAAUUUAUGAGGAUGCCAAAACCUAUGACCUUGUGGCGGCUGCAAGUAAAGUUUUAAAGAUUGACGCCGGAGACAUUUUGCAACUCUUCGGCAAAAUGUUCUUUGAGUUUUGCCAAGAAUCUGGCUAUGACACUAUCCUGCGAGUGUUAGGAUCCAAUGUUCGUGAAUUCCUGCAGAACCUGGAUGCGCUACAUGACCAUCUCGGCACCAUUUAUCCUGGAAUGAGGGCCCCUUCAUUCCGCUGCACUGAUGCGGAGAAAGGAAACAACCUGAUUCUUCACUAUUACUCGGAGAGGGAGGGCCUGCAGGACAUAGUGAUCGGCAUCAUCAAAACUGUGGCUCAACAGAUCCAUGGCACAGAGAUAGAGAUGAAGAUGAUCCAGCCUAAAAGCGAGGAAUGUGACCACAUUAAGUUCCUGAUCGAGGAGAAGGACUCGGAGGAGGAGGCGUUCUAUGAAGAUCUGGACGGGUUUGAGGAGAAUGGGACACAGGAGACUCGCAUCAGCCCCUACACCUUCUGCAAGGCCUUCCCCUUUCACCUCAUGUUCGACAAAGAUCUGAUGCUCACGCAGUGUGGGAACGCAAUUUACCGCGUCCUGCCUCAGCUUCAACCCGGGAGCUGUAUCCUUCCCUCUGUGUUUUCUUUGGUUCGCCCUCACAUUGACUUCAGCUAUCACGGCAUUCUUUCCCACAUCAACACUGUCUUUGUCCUUAGAAGCAAGGAGGGCCUUCUGAAUGUGGAGACCGUGGAGAAUGAAGAUGAGCUGACUGGCGUUGAGAUCAGCUGUCUGCGAUUGAAAGGACAGAUGAUUUACCUGCCCGAGGCCGAGAACAUCCUUUUUCUUUGCUCUCCCAGUGUCAUGAACCUGGAUGAUUUGACGCGGAGGGGGCUUUACCUGAGUGACAUCCCCCUCCACGAUGCCACGCGUGACCUGGUGUUGUUGGGGGAGCAGUUUCGUGAGGAGUACAAACUGACCCAAGAGCUGGAGAUUCUCACCGACCGCCUGCAGCACACUCUGAGAGCUCUGGAGGACGAGAAGAAGAAGACUGACAGGCUGCUUUACUCUGUGCUGCCUCCAUCUGUUGCCAAUGAGCUGCGUCACAAAAGACCCGUCCCAGCCAAACGCUAUGACAACGUUACCAUCCUCUUCAGCGGCAUCGUGGGCUUUAAUACCUUCUGUAGCAAGCACGCCUCGGCCGAAGGAGCCAUCAAGAUCGUCAACCUGCUCAAUGAUGUUUACACGCGCUUUGACAUCCUGACAGACUCCAGGAAGAACCCCUAUGUGUACAAGGUGGAGACGGUUGGCGAUAAAUAUAUGACUGUGAGUGGUCUGCCGGAGCCGUGCACCCACCACGCCAAGUCUAUCUGCCACCUCGCGCUGGAUAUGAUGGAGAUCGCCGAACAAGUGAAAGUGGACGAUGAGCCAGUUCAGAUUACUAUCGGGAUUCACACAGGAGAAGUUGUAACUGGAGUGAUUGGCCAAAGGAUGCCUCGAUACUGCCUUUUCGGAAACACGGUUAAUCUCACAAGUCGCACAGAAACAACCGGUGAAAAAGGGAAGAUAAAUGUCUCUGAGUACACUUACCGGUGUUUGCAGUCUGCGGAAAAUGCCGACCCCCAGUUUCUCCUGGAAUAUAGAGGCCCCGUCACCAUGAAAGGAAAGAGUGAACCCAUGAAGGUGUGGUUUCUCUCCAGGAAGUCCACAGACACAGAGUCCACCACGAAAUAAAGCUUAAUUCACUGUCCCGGAUGUACAAAACAACUUAAAGGUGCAUUGUGUAACUUUUCUGGUGGAGAUGUUAUUGUUAUUUAUUGAUGUUAUUGUCUGGAAUGUUUCACAGUAUGGUAUUAAACAAUUUUAUCGUCAUGGAGACCAAAUCAGGCCAAGUUACAGGUCAGAUUUGUGGAAAGGCGACCCCGCUCUCAGCCAGAAUGCCUGUUUUUUUUUUUAGGGAUUUUUGAGCUAAAAAACACCUGCAAUUGAAUAAAUGCAUGGUAGAACGGUUUAAAGUCAUACUGUGGAACAUUCCAGGCUGAGCAAUGACAUCUCCAUAGAAACAAGCAGGUUACGGACCGCCAAUCAAAAAGUUACACAGUGCACCUUUAAAAUAUAACUCAUGUUUUUAACUAUUUCAGACUUGUGAGAUUAGUCUUGGAUUAGUCUUGUAAAAGUGUUUUAUUAUUAAGCUACUUAUUUAAAGAGAUACAUUACCCUUUUUAGUUCUGAGAGAUGAGAUGAGACACUUAAAUCUGAUUUUUAUUACUUUUAAAUUGCUUUAAAAAAAAGAGUGUUUUAUUCUAUUAGCAGAUGAGACACGCUGCAAAAACCAAAAUCUAGCCAAGUUAAAAUUACUUGAAUGAAGAAAGUUUUAUCAUGAUUUGAGUACAUUUCAUUUGACAAGUAAAAUUAUCAACCAUAACAACAAGAUUUUUGUACUUAAAACAUGAAAAUACAUCUUGCUACACUUAUGAGAAGAAUAACAACUCUUUGCACUUAAAAUAAAAAAACUAAAUCUUAUUUCAUCUUAUUCCAUUGGUAGAUCAUUUUACUUGACAAGUUGAAUCUACCGUAUUUUUUGGACAAUAAGGCACGCUUAAAAUCCGUUAAUUUUCUCAAAAAUCGACAGUGCACCUUGUAUUCCAGUGCACCUUAUCUAUGAAAAUAGAAAAGAGAAUUCAACAUUAUUGGUGUUGUGUCUUAUAAUCCAGCGUGCUUUAUAAUCCGGAAAAUACGGUACUCAAAUAAAAUAAAAUGUUCUUAAUUGAAGUCAUUUUAACUUACCUAAAUAUUGUUUUUUGCAGCGCACAUAGAAUAGAUUUUACUGUUUUACUGUGCUUUAAAAAAUAGAGCUAUACUUACAAUAUUAAAAAAAAGAAAGAUUGGUUAUGUUAAUUUUAUAGUCACUGAUUUGUAGUAAAAACAACACAAAAUGCUUAGAGAGUGUACAGUGGUGUGUUAGAUAUACUUAAUAUUUUAGAGAGGUUGAUAAUGAACAAAAUAAUAGAUUAAUUACAGUAAUAUAAAGAUUAAAUAUAUGACUCAUUUGUAUGCGACAUCCUACAGCGAAAUAGUAAUUUUGUUUGUAAAAGUUAUAUAUAUUUACAUGGCAUUUUGUAGCUGUUGUAUCAGACAUCUUUGUAUGUUAUUGAGACACAAAAACACUUUAAAGGUGCAUUGUGUAAGUUUUAUGGUAGAGGGCCUCCCACCUGUUUGUCUCCAUGGUGAUAUUAUUGCUUUGCCUUGAAUGUUCCACAAUGUGACAUAAAACUUAUCUAACUCCAUGAAAACAGGCAGUUACAGGUCAGAUCUGUGGAGAGAUAUGCCCGCUCAUGGCAUGUUUUUCAAGGUAUUUUGAGCAAUAAAACACUGUUAAUGAAUAAAUGUUAGACAGAUGUUUAAUGCCGUACUGUGGAACAUCCAAGACAAAACAGUAACUUUUAUGGAGACGAGCAGGCGGCAGACCUACAUCAGAAAAAUUACAUAGUGCACAUUUAGUCACACUCUGAAAUGAGUCCAGCAGUAGUUUUAAAUAUCGCCAGUUUUGGGACGAAAACUAUGAAAAUGUUUUUAGUCACAGAAUUCUGAAUAUCUGCAUUAAAUGGUCCAUAUUACGCUGUUUUCUGAUCUCUGUUAUGUUGUUUCCUCAUCAAAAAACUAACACAAACGACCACUUCAUGACAUCACAAGGUGGAACAGAGCAUUUUGAGCCUUGGAGAUGUAGACAGACUAAUAAUAAAGUGUUACUCAAGACAUGUGUGAAUGAAACAAAACACAACUCCCGGUGUGUUUUUGAGGAGGUAAUAAUAAUAUAAAGCUCACAAGAGUCAAUUUGGUUGUUAUAUAGUUUCUUUAAAAUGUAUUUUGUAACAUAUUCUGAUACAUGGUCCACACAGAGUACUGUAUUCUGAAUAUUUGGAAUACUUUUACAAUAAGUUGCAUUAUAUUCUAGUUAAAAACCAACACUGUUUUAUUUUGGUUGCCCUGUUUAUCAUGCCUUUUUAUUGAGUUCAAAGCCAAGAUUACAUGAUAAAAUACCGCCGUGUAUUCCUGUUAAUUUAGGAAAGUAACUGUAAUUAACUGUACCGAAAGUACUUAAAAUUUGUAUUCUGAAUGCAUCUUUACAGUACAUGUAUCCAGUUACUUACCAACACUGAACAUAGCAGUAGAAUAUAUUUUAAUUUUAUUUAAUCUGUGCCACUUAUGUACCUUCAUGCACACUACCUUGUCUCCUGUUGCAAUAUUUAAAAUCCUACUGUCUAAUCUUACAAUGUUUUGAAUCUAUUUAUUGUAGACUACAUGGUAUUUAUUUUGCACAAGUUAUACUACAAUUAUAACUGACUAUACUACUUUUAUUUGUUCACAGAAUAUUGUUGUGCAACAUUUAUUUCACUUAAUAUAUUACUAUAUUUUUGUUUAUUCU